AUGCCCGACAAAAUCACUUCCAAGAACCUGUCUUACGACCAGAGCCUGCCGCCAUUCCUCGCACGGCUGCGCGGCCAGCAGACAUCCGACGCCCACACCCCCGACCCCAUUCUUGCAGCGCACAGAAGACCAGGGCGCGUCCGCAGCGCCAGCGAAGAAGCCGAGGACGAGCCCGUCGUCGUCGACGAGGAAGGGAACGUGGUGGUCCUGAGGCCCGAUCAACUCGACAGCACGGAGGCCAGGGAUGGCGAUGAGACAGUAGCCAGCUCCAAGGACUCGGAUCAGCUCACGGAUCAAGUCGUCGAUAAGGAGUCGGAGAAGGUUGCCGUCAUUGGCGCCGCCCGGAAACGCAAGAUCGGCCGCGUGAUCGGAGGAAGUGAGGAAAAGGAGCGCAGCAGUGGCGUAGACGCAGACAUUGCAAAAGCUGUAGAGGCUACCAAGGCCCUCUCGCGGGACAAUCCGAAGGAGGACACGGAUCGUCCGGCAAAGAGCACCAAGAAGGGCAGUAAAAGGGCGAAGAAGAUCAAGUUGAGUUUCGGCGACGACGAGGGCUAG